GUUCCAGAGUGCUUGUCUUUUGUGGUAGAUGCUGAUGGAUGGAGAUUUAUGACCUAAUAAUGGCAAUUUUGGAAGUUUUUUUAAUUUGAGAGUGUUGUGAUUGUGAGUUUCCAUCUUGCUAUUUGGGUAAUUGAUUACUCUUUUGUCCGUUCUUGUCAAAUUUCUUUGCUUCUUUGGGUUAUGUGAUAUGAUAUUAUUAGUUUAGUUAGGGAUUAUGUGAUAUGAUCAACACUGUUAUUAGAAAGAAAGAAAAAUAAUUCAUUUUGGGAUAUUAUGGCAAGAUUAGGAUUUAGGAAAGCAAUUAAUGAGGCCAAAGACCAAGAAGGCAGAAGACGCUGUUUACUGGGUGCUAUGAUCUUUUUAGUGAUUUCCGUCAUGCUAGCUUAUGUCUUAUAUGGCUUUUUGGUAUUAUGUGGUAUUAGAAUUUACCUUGUGGGAUUCUUAGUAUACAAGUAUUUUCUACUUCAUUCUUUGAUUUUCUCUGUAGAAACUUGGGUGCUUUACUAGAGUUCAGUAGCCCUCUAUUACCAUAAAAUAAUAGGUUCGUAACAGUAGAACUGUAGAAGUGAUCCUACUUUGACAGUUAUGGACUAGCAUUCUAGGCAUGGUGUUUUUCUGCUUUUGUAUAUGGUACAGUGUUAUGGAUAUCAAAUUCUUCCAUAUUACUUGUGGCAGCUGAAUGGCUUACAAAACUUUAGAUGAUUUGCCCUCUAUUUUUUUAAAAUCAACAUGCUAUGGCAUCACCUUCCUGCUAUUUCAAACACAUCUGCUGUACGUGAGCGGAAGUCCAAAGGCUACUUGUUAAUUGCAACUAGUGGAGGACUGAACCAACAAAGAAAUGGGAUAACAGAUGCAGUUGUUGUUGCAAGAAUUCUUAAUGCUACACUAGUUGUACCUGAGUUGGAUCAUCAAUCUUUUUGGAAAGAUGACAGUGACUUUGCCAAUAUUUUUGAUAUGAAUUGGUUCAUUACUUAUCUCGCAAAAGACAUUACUAUUGUUAAAAGAGUUCCUGAUAAGGUCAUGCGGUCCAUGGAGAAACCCCCUUAUACAAUGCGUGUACCAAGGAAAUCAGAACCUGAAUAUUAUCUUGAUCAAGUUUUGCCGAUACUCUCAGGAAGACGGGUUCUGCAAUUGACAAAAUUUGACUAUAGACUUGCGAAUAAUCUUGAUGAUGAGCUGCAAAAAUUACGUUGCCGUGUUAAUUAUCAUGCUUUGAGAUUUACUAAACCUAUACGAGAACUUGGUCAAAGACUUGUAAUGAGAAUGCGAAAGAUGGCAAGUCGUUAUAUAGCAGUCCAUUUGAGGUUUGAGUCAGAUAUGCUGGCAUUUUCAGGUUGUUAUUUUGGUGGUGGUGAAAAAGAAAGACGCGAGCUUGGUGAAAUCAGGAAAAGGUGGACAACGUUGCCUGAUUUGAGCCAUGAUGGAGAGCGGAAGCGUGGGAAAUGUCCUCUUACUCCUCAUGAAGUGGGUUUGAUGUUGCGAGCACUUGGUUUUACAAACGACACAUAUCUCUAUGUCGCAUCAGGAGAAAUAUAUGGUGGGGAUGAGACCAUGCAGCCUCUCAGAGAUGUUUUCCCCAACAUUUAUACAAAGGAGAUGCUUGCUCAAAAAGAAGAGCUGAAACCUUUUCUUCCAUUCUCUUCCCGCCUUGCUGCUAUUGACUACAUCGUUUGUGAUGAAAGUAAUGUAUUUGUCACUAACAACAAUGGUAACAUGGCCAAAAUCCUUGCUGGUCGUAGGAGGUAUAUGGGUCACAAAAGAACCAUCAGACCAAAUGCAAAGAAGCUUAGUGCGCUGUUCAUGUCAAGGCAUGAGAUGGACUGGGAUACAUUUGCAAGUAAGGUUAAAGCAUGUCAAAGAGGAUUCAUGGGAGAGCCAGAUGAGAUGAGACCUGGACGAGGAGAGUUUCAUGAAUAUCCAAGUACAUGUGUGUGUGAGAAACCAUUCAUGGAUGAUCUUAGCCAAGACGGAUUCCGGCCCCCUAAACUCGCAGCCAACAACGUGACAGUGAAUGGAGGAGGAAAUGAAGAAAGUGUACGAAAGCGAAGUGGGAGAAUGGCCAGCACGUGAUAAAGAUGAGUGAGUUUGGACCAGCGUCAGGAAGAAGACCAGACAAUUGUUAAUGGCAAGAAAUGCUCUAUGGCAACGCCUCCAUGUUAAAUUCUGAUUUGGCAACUAUCAUGUUGGUGCUAAUUUAAUUAGUCACGGCCAUGAUGAAAAUCCUCUUCAUUCACAUCGGGGAAUGACUCUACUCAGAUUCAUGUAUAGGGCAAAACGUAAGAGACAUCAACGCAUUACAAAUGUUGAUAAUAGAUAUGUUUGAAUUAGAAUUAUAGGUGAUUUUAUUUUGCGACAAAAUUCUUCAGAUUUCCACCUUGCAUAUUCUAACUCACCCUCUGCUGUAAUGUUUUUAAAAUUGAAUCGGUCUAGUUUAAAAAAACAUUACAGGGAA